AGUUGUUGAUGCAAUAACCUCUUUGAAAGUUAUCAAUUUAGAAUUUUAUUAUUAAUUGUAAUUAAUAAUGUUAUAAUGUUAUUAUUAGUCAUUUGUGGAUAUUUUUUAAUACAUAAAAAAUAAUUUAAUAUGUAAUGCAAAAAUAUUCCACGUGGAAAUUCUGCAAUCAAUAACAGCUGAUUUUUGAACGCACGCGCAUUAAUAUGCAUUUCCAGUGUGGAUCCUGAGGUUAAAAAUUAAUAUUUUUGCUAAAUAAUAAGAUUCAUCAAUAUGACUGACAAUUUGCAAAAGGUGAACAUAAAAACAGAUCGAAAGCUGACACCUACGGAUUUGAUUAAUAUAAAAAGAAUUGAAGAGAUUAAUAGAAAAAGAGUUGCACGUGUGAAAAUUGUACAAAAAAAGAAUAUUUUUACGGCACUUUCUCUUGCAGCGCUUGCAGGAGGAAUUUAUAUCUACACUAUUAAAUCAAUGAAGCAGGAAGAAUUUUUAGAUGAUUUCAAUGAACCUGAGAAAAUAACUGUUGGAUAAUAUUUUUUUUAAUUAGAUAGCAAGUGUUACUUCAUAAUUUUAGUAACUUUUUGAUAUUUGUGUCUCAUUGGAGAGAAAAAGAAACUUUAAUUCAUAUUUAGUUGUUAUCAAUAGUAUUGAUUUAAUUAUAUUGUGUUUUGGAUUUUUUUUUUUUUUU